CCGCCGCCGCCGCCCGGGAACCGGGAGCCGGGCCGCCGUCAUGCUGAGCCGGCUCGGGGCGCUGCUGCAGGAGGCCAUGGGGGCGCGGGAGCCCAGCAUUGACCUGCUGCAGGCCUUCGUGGAACACUGGAAGGGCAUCACGAACUACUAUGUUGAAAGCACAGAUGAAAACACCCCGGCCAAGAAAACAGAUAUUCCCUGGCGGCUGAAGCAGAUGCUGGACAUCUUGGUGUAUGAGGAGAAGCAGCAGGUGGCGGCCGGUGAGGCAGGGCCAUGUCUGGAGUACCUACUGCAGCACAAGAUCCUGGAGACCCUGUGCACGCUGGGCAAGGCCGAGUACCCGCCAGGCAUGCGGCAGCAGGUGCUCCAGUUCUUCAGCAAGGUUCUGGCCCAGGUGCAGCAUCCCCUCCUGCAUUACCUCAGCGUCCACAGGCCUGUGCAGAAACUUCUCCGACUUGGUGGGACAGUUCCUGGAUCCCUCACAGAAAAGGAGGAGGUGCAGUUCACCACUGUCCUCUGCUCCAAGAUCCAGCAGGAUCCAGCCCUGCUCACCUAUAUUCUAGAAGGUAGAAAUACCGUCGGUAGGAAGGAGGCAUCCAGAGAAGCCACCGCCCUGCCGAGAGAGGCAGCCGGCGUCAAGAACGAGGAGCAGCCCCACAGCAAAGCUCCUGACAGGGGUGCCUGGGGGGCCCGGGCCUUGAGCACCCAGCUGCCUGCUGAGACUGAGGAGCCAGAUGGAGGCACUGGGGAGAGCAACCUCAUCACCUCGCUGAUUGGCUUGUGCAAGAGCAAGAGAGGCCGGGUGGCCCUGAAGGCCCAGGAGAACCUGCUGCUCCUGGUAAGCGUGGCUUCCCAGGCAGCUGCCAUCUACCUGGUGCAGAGCAGCCCUUGUUGCCCUGCCAUCGUCGAGCACCUCUGCCAGCUGUACCAGUCCCUGCCCAGCUUCCUGGACCCCGCAGACAUUGCCACUUUAGAGGGCAUCAGCUGGAGGUUACCCAGUGCCCCAUCUGAUGAGGCUUUCUUCCCCGGCAAGGAGACCUUGGCUGCCUUUUUGGGCUGGUUUGAUUACUGCGACCACCUCCUCACAGAGGCACACACGGUGGUUUCGGAUGCCUUGGCAAAGUCUGUGGCUGAGAAGUUAUUUGUGGAGAUUCUGCAGCCCCAGCUCCUGCAUGUGUCUGAACAGAGCGUCCUGACCUCCACCGCCCUGCUCACCGCCAUGCUGCGCCAGCUCCGCUCCCCUGCACUGCUGCGGGAGGCCGUGGCCUUCCUCCUGGGCACGGACCAGCAGCCUGCAGCCCCUGAGGACAGCCCUCACACCCUGGGCGGCCACCUCAUCAGGCACUGCGACCACCUCUCUGAUGAGAUCAGCAUCGCCACUCUGCGGCUGUUCGAGGAGCUGCUCCAGAAGCCCCACAAGCAGAUCAUCCACAGCCUGAUCCUGUGCCACCUCGAGGGCCGCCCUUACGUGGCCCGGGGCUCGCCCGAGCCCGAGAGCUACGAGGACACCCUAGAUCUGGAGGAAGACCCCUACUUCACAGAUGGCUUCCUUGACUCCGGCUUUCAACCCUCCAUGAAGCCUCCCCCUGCCCCCGUCACCAACCCCGAUGGCAAAACAGCGGUGACCGAGAUUGUCAACAGUUUCCUCUGCCUCGUUCCUGAGGAAGCCAAGACCUCGGCUUUCCUGGAGGAGACCGGAUAUGACACGUACGUCCACGAUGCUUACGGACUGUUCCAGGAGUGCAGCUCCCGUGUGGCGCCCUGGGGCUGGCCACCAGCUCCCACACCCCUGGACCCCCAUGAGCCCGGACGGCCUUUCUUUGAGGGUCACUUCCUCCGAAUGCUGUUCGACCGCAUGUCCCGGAUUCUAGAACAGCCGUACAGCCUGAACCUGCAAGUGACCUCAGUCUUGUCCCGGCUCGCCCUCUUCCCUCACCCCCUUAUCCACGAGUACCUCCUGGAUCCCUACAUCAACCUGGCCCCUGGCUGCCGGAGCCUGUUCUCUGUGCUCGUCAGGGUGAUCGGGGACUUGAUGCAGAGAAUUCAGAGGGUGCCCCAGUUCCCAGGCAAACUUCUUCUGGUGCGCAGGCAGCUGAUGGGCCAGGUCCCCGGGGAGCAGCUGGACCACCAGACCCUCCUCCAGGGCGUGGUAGUCCUUGAGGAAUUCUGCAAAGAGCUGGCUGCCAUCGCUUUCGUCAAGUUCCCCCCACAUGGUCCUCACCUGCGCCUCCCUGAACCCCCGGAAGGGCACGUCUGAACCAGGAACAUGACACCUCUGCCCAAGAGCUGCUUCCCGCCUGGCACUGCUGCCACCACUGUCCUCCCGGGGUGGGG